AUGCUGGUUUUCAACAAUUCAUAUGUGGCUCCCAAAUCUUUUAUUCUUAAUGGAAUUCCUGGUCUGGAAAGGGUACAUAUAUGGAUCUCCCUCCCAUUCUGCACAAUGUAUAUCAUCGCCCUUGUGGGAAACCUUGGCCUUGUGUACCUCAUUCAUCAUGAGGAGGCCUUACAUCGUCCAAUGUAUUUUUUUCUGGCCAUGCUCUCCCUCACUGACCUCUUUACCUGCACCACCACUCUACCCAAUGCACUCUGCAUCUUCUGGUUUAAUCUCAAGGAAAUUAACUUCAAUGCUUGCUUAGUUCAGAUGUUCUUUGUCCAUGGGUUCACGGGUGUGGAGUCUGGUGUGCUCAUGCUCAUGGCUCUGGAUCGCUAUGUGGCCAUUUGCCACCCACUGCGUUAUGCUACCAUACUCACUAACCCUAUCAUUGCCAAAGCUGGGCUUGUCACCUUCUUGAGGGGUGUGUUGCUAAUGAUUCCUUUUCCAUUCUUGGUCAAGCGUUUGCCAUUCUGCCAAAGCAAUAUUAUCUCCCACACAUAUUGUGAUCACAUGUCAGUGGUAAAGUUAUCCUGUGCCAGCAUCAAGGUCAAUGUCAUUUAUGGUCUGAUGGUUGCUCUCCUGAUUGGAGUGUUUGACAUAUGCUGUAUAUCUGUGUCUUACACCAUGAUCCUCCGGGCAGUGGUCAGCCUUUCAUCAGCAGAGGCUCAGCAAAAGGCCUUCAGCACCUGCACUGCCCAUCUAGCUGCCAUUAUCAUCACCUAUGUUCCAGCAUUCUUCACUUUCUUUACCCACCGUUUUGGAGGACACACUAUCCCCCCUUCUCUUCACAUCAUUGUGGCUAACCUUUAUCUUCUUCUUCCUCCAACUCUGAACCCCAUUGUUUAUGGGGUAAAAACAAAACAGAUCCGAGACAGUGUCAUAAAGCUCUUCCAGUGUGAAAAAUGUGCAAGGAUCCAGGACAACUGA